AUGGUUGCUCUCAGCCUGAUACUUGUUGUUUCAUUGGUUGGAAAUUCUCUCAUCGUAUUAAUUGUUUACAAAACGCCAACUUUGAGAAAACCGAUAAAUAUGUUGAUCGCAAAUAUGGCCAUGUCCGACCUGCUCUAUCCAAUAUUCUGGGUUCCUGUUCGUCUAGCAGAAGGGCACGUUGGCUCGUGGCCUAUUGGUGGUACCCUUGGUCAGGCCUUGUGCAAGCUAUACCCUUUUCUGUCAGACGUUUCCUCGUUGGUAUCGAUUCAGAGCCUUCUUCUGAUUACAGCGGAUCGAUUUGUAGCUGCUGUAGUUCCACUCCGUUCCCCUCUCAUAAGUAGAAAGCUGUGUCUAUUCUUCAUUGUCGCUACGUGGAUCGUCGCAAUGGCCGUUCAUUCGCCAUAUCUUGUUGCUUUAAAACUUGUUAAAUACGCAGACCGACUGAGGUGCAAACUUCUGUGGCAGGAAGCCUUCGAAGGAAACACAUAUCCAAAUUACCUCCUAGCAUGUGCUAUCGUGUUUUUCUACAUUCCGUUUGUCCUCUUGGUGAUACUGUACUCCAUCAUCCUGAUCAAGCUUAAGAAACAAGCCCAUCCAGGUGAACAGUCAGCCAACGCUGAGGAACAGAGGGCAAGAAGAAACAGAAACGCGCUUAAGAUGGCCACUGCUAUCGUGGUAGUGUUUUUCAUUUGCUGGAUACCCUUUCUUAGUAACGCGAUAAUAGACAGUUUCGGUGCACCAGACAGUCUUAUUUUUUCUUCUUGUAGUUUUUAUCGAUACUUUAAUGUCACCUUCUUUAUGGCUUACGCAAACUGUGCUAUUAACCCGAUUAUCUGCCUCACUCUUAACAGUAACUAUCGCCAAGCUUUUAAGAGACUUGUGAGUUGCUGUGCCGCCCGGAUGCAGUGAAAUAAUAAUGUUUGAAGACUGAAAGCCGGGUAUGAAGAGAUUCAUAAAAAAAAAGAAGACCCAUAACUAUUAACUGUUAUGUAAAAUAACAGCGAAAUCACGAAGGAAAUGCAUGCGAAUUAUGUUUUCGGCUGCAACGUAAUCUGGAGCACGCCCUAACCCUAACUCUAGGAAGAGUGGAAAAUGUUGUAUUGAACGCAUUUGCAACGUAUAAUUUUGCCGAAAAACGCUGCUCGAAGCUAAGCUUGUAGAGCCGUUUUAUUAUUCUGUUCACUAAAACAGCUUCUGGAUGGUUUGCUGCAGAACCGGCAAGACAUCUAAAGAAAGCGGUAUGAUAUUAGCAGAUCGACACGCACAGACAUAUUUCUACCACGAACCAAGACAAGGGACUUGAGCAGAGGUGAAAGAAGAGGCCAGUUAGCCACGGUCGUCCUACAUUGUGAAGACAACUGAUGUGUCUGAGCUAAAGUGCCAUAGAGUAUACUCAGCUGAAGUGUUUAGAAAAAAAAAAUCAACAGUUGCCGGUGGAAGUUAGUUGAUAACAACUUGCAAAGAAAGUCUUUCAACACAGAGAGGCAUUGAUACUAAAGCGUUCAGCCUACCCUUAGUUGUCAUCACCAGAAUAACCCUGAGCACCUGCCCAGUCACGUGCACCGGUGCCAUGUUAUAAAUAUGGCGUGAACAAAUAUUUUUCUUUCUUUUUGCGAAUAAUAACUAGGGGAUGUUGGAAAAAUGGACUGCGUGACUGUCACGCUGUGAAAGUAAACUUUGUUCUUUUUGAUCUAGUUGCUUAUUGAUAAGUUGUAAUGACGUGAUCUAAGUUUAGGAUUUCGAAACCAUGUGCGAGCCAAUAAGGGAUCUAGCGUUUGUAAUCAUCUUUGUAGCGUGGACAUUAAAUUUUGAAGUGAUUCGAGCCUGUAGCUUGAAGUGAUUCGAGCCUGUGAUUCGAGCCUGUAGCUCGUUUUAACGUGAAUAUUUUUCUUUUCUCUUGUGUUAGAAGCAAUAGGAAGAUUCCUAACAGGGCAACUCCAAGGGAGAAAACUGUGGUAUAUCCUUACGCCGAGUGAGAAAUUCAGUAGAUUUUUCGCUGUUUGUGCGAGGAACAAUUUCGGGACCGAUCGUUUCUUACGUCCUAGGCGGGAGGAGGGGGGAAGGGAGGGUUUCAGAAAAGUGUGAUGUAUGAAAACUGUACCCCCCCUAAAAUAAUUUAAUAUGAAAAUUGUACCCCCACUUGGCGACCAGAAUUUUUAAAAUGCACCCCCCCCUAACCCCCACCUUUCCUAGACCAAGGGUGCUUACCAUUUGACAGAAAAUUUCGGAAACUCCGGAUGGAAGGUAAAAGGUGAGGUCACUUUUCAGAAAUUCCAACCGAAAAUUGAGGAGUACGUUUUGAGGUAGUCCGUUCAUUCCGGUUCGUACAAACCAAACAUAAUGUUGCUUACCAUUAACCAAUUUCUCGUUUCCCUCUUGGUUCCAGACUCACGCUACACAAAUUCGCCCUUUUUUUGGAUUCAAACUGUAACGGAUGUUGCAAUUCUGCGGUAAAUAACUGGUAUAUCGCUUACAAUUAUGCUUUCGACUCCCUGAACGGAUUUUUCUGUCAAAUGGUAAGCACCCCAAGUUUUAAGAUGACUCGAUUUUGUCCUCCUUCUUUGGAUAUUGACUUCAUAUUCAAGCUAGAUGGGGUUCUGGUAGUCUGGUUAGGUAAAAAUAGUUGAUAGGGUCCUGGGACAAGCUUGGUUACAUAGCAUUCAAAAUGGCGGCUACAAAAUCAAGUAAAGAUGCACGUCAGGUGGGGCUCAGCAGCUGGCAUGAAAAACGGUGUGAAGUCCGAGAAAAGUCAACGAAGGAAAAGUAUUUUGGAUCUUCACUCCAGUGUCUUGAUAAUAAUGAAAUUUUGUUAUUGCUGGAGUCUAUUCUGCAGAGGUCAAAGCAAGGGACACAGACGAAUUGUACAGUUCGAGGUCUGAGAGCAGUGCAAGAACAUCUGAUGCAUGGAUAUGGAUACUUACAUUUAGAAGAAGCCUACAAUCUAUAUUCUUCAUUCAGUGAAUUUUCCUAUCCAAAUAAACAAGCAUUCAGAGAUAAAUUACUUGAUCCUCAUCACAGUUUGCCUGUCUACAAAGAGUCGUCAGCGCGACUUUUUGGUUUAGUAAGGAAGGAAAAUUGUUUUUUUGGUUUCAAUUAUGACAUGUUUUAACAACUACAACAUAUAAUGUUAAUCCUGUGUCUUAAAAUUUCGACCCCCUCACACUUUGUUCAUUUUCAAAAAUAACCCACCAACCAUUACCCUCUUUAACAAUUUUAUUUUUCAAAACCAAAACCCCUCAUCUACCAGUCAUCCAACCCUGCAGCCUACCACAGCACACACUGUACCGUCUCCUGUUCUCACUCCUUCCCUUCCACCUUGCCUCCCUCACUGCACUACUCCUAGUUUCCCCCUCGGGACGUAAUCAACGAUCGGUCCCUUAAAGAGUUUUUCCUCUGUUUCAGCUGUAGCCUUUUCUACGGAAUGCUUCAUUUCCCUCGUUUAUAUGUUGCCUAUCGUCACCGACGAAGCCCACCAUGUUUUAAUUUGUUAUUGUGUAAACUUGCUGACAUUAAGAAAUGAGCUCAUUAUUCAGUUUUAUUCCAAAUAUUCUGCUCCCCUGAUCUGUAUUUGGAAUAUGUUCCACUUAGCUUAGAACUGGAAUAACAGGUUAAUCGAACGGAUAUUCCGGAUCUUUCACAUGUAUUCCUAUUGAGCUCAAACCAAGUUAGAAUCGCAUCGUGUUUCGGUUAUUUCUUAGAGCAUUAGAGACGUGUGAAACGACCUUUGUUGAAAGAGACGUGCCACUAUAAUGUUAAUAGUUGGAUCAUAAUUAUCCGCUUUGCGCAUAAAUGGCAUGAAGACUAGAGAGACGUGUAUCUCGUUGUUUAACAUUCUGCCGAAAAAUGACUUCAGCUUUCUUAGGCAUUAAGCCAUAACGACCUUAUAUCUUCUAUUGCAUUGUGAUUCUGAGAUGUGAAAGACGAAUAAAUUUCAAAUUUAUACAACACGUCAAAGGUUCAGUGAACAAAAUUCCAUUUGUUUAGUCACUGGCAUGAGCUUUGCUCUAGUAUUUAUGACCUGUGUGUAUACGUUAUAUCGCGGAAAAUAUGACCUCUUUGUCACGGUAUUUUAUUAAUUUGUCUUCUCUAUUAUUGCAAAAGCCUAUUGAGGGCUCAAUGAUUUUGCGAAAGUUGUUUUUCCACUACCGCAGAUCAGUUUAGUUUUUUUUUUUCUUAAAAAAACUAAAAACACAUUUAGUUGUCUAAUUGAAAAAGAAGGAAGCUGCAUAUUGCACAGUAAUUUUCCAGGAGUUAUAAUAACUCCUCUAGUGGGGCUAAUUUAACUCCUUACAGUGGAGUUUUUUUUUGGGGAGUUAUUUUAACUCCAAAAAGGAGUUUAAAGAACUCUUUUUCAGGUGUAAAAGUGACCCCAGAUAUCGAGGAGUUAAAGUGACCCCAAAAAAGGAGUUAUCCUGUACCUAAAAUUUUUACUCCACUUUCAGUGAGUUAAAUUAACUCCAAAAAGGGUAAAAACAACCCAUGUAAGGAGUAAAAGUAACCCCAUUUCGGAGUUGUUUUAACUCCAGACUGGGAGUAAAAAGAACUCUUUUUCAGGAGUAAAAAUGACCCCAAAAAGGGGGUUAUCCUGUACCUAAAAUUUUUACUCCAUUUUUGGAGUUAUAAUGACUCCCUAAAAAUUACGGUGUGAGGACAGCUGGCUUAUGGUGUCUCGUUUCCCAAGUUUUAUGCGAAAUAUAGGGUCGACGAUUUUAUAGAGCUCCAAGGGAAUUGAUUGCAAGGGCAAAUUCUGCAGUUGUUAACUAUAUUUAUUGAAUUGGAAUAAUAGCAGAAAGCAUAAUGUAAGCCAAGUCAAUGCAGUAUGAACAGUGUAUACCUUCCUUUCUGUGAUCUUAGAUAAUCAGUGUAAACCGAAAAGAAAUAAAUAACAAUUAUUCACCGAAGUGGAGGUGGCUAGUGGUGACGUGAAUAAUUGUUUUAGUAUAUACUAAAACAGUGAGAUAAUUGAGGACAAAAAUGAUGAUUAUAAUUUUAACUCAUUUACUGUUGUCAACGUUUACAAUUUUGGCGCGCAAUGACCGAACGGCCGCGGUCGUCGCAGUCGUCGCUUUUUCUUGCCAACAAAUAAAACUUUUGAAGGUAUUUGUUUAGCUCUUGGGGGGAAAUUUCUUCAAAAGGAGUUGUAAAUUCUUUUUGUAUUGAAAAUCAUUCUGUAAAAAAGAUUAUUAAAUUUGAUUUUAAGCUUAUUCAUGAACAAGCCAACUAAAUAAAGUAACGCAAGACUUAUAAAAAGCUUAAUUUGCAUAUGUAAACAAAGACUUUUUCACCGGUGUUAUCGAUAAAUUCAAGUCAAAAAGACAAAGCUUUACCUGUUUAACUUCCAACCCUGUUUAACUUCGUCACCUUCUUCGAGUAUUUCGGGAACAGCUUGCUUGAUUAGUUGUGAAAUUUCUUUGUUUGUUACGGCAGCAAACCGGAAAGACAUUUUGCUUGCAACUUACGCUACUUUGGCGUCGCUCGCUCCGAGGAACUGGAGGUGAAUCAGUGAAUAGUGAACAAUUAUUCCUCGAGCCCGAAUGGGUUCUGAGUCAAUAGCCCAUGAGGCCGAAGGCCGAAUGCGCUAUUGACUAAGGGGCCAUGAGGGCGAGAGGAAUAAUUGUUUUAGUAAAAUCCAACUAGUUGGUCAAAAAUAGGAUAUUCACUGAUUGAGUAGCCAAUCAGAGCGCGCGAAAAACACUAUCCACUGUUUUAGUUUAUACUGAAUGCAAAUAUAAGAAAAGAACGGGGCGAGAGAGCCCCUGGGAUACUACUCUUAACGAACCAGUUCCACGACUUAUUCGAAUGGUUGUCUGUGAUUGAGCAAAAAAAUAUUUUUGUGUCUAAUCAGGAGCCAGCAUGUAUUGUGCUGCCUUCGUGAUCUUCUUAUACGAAAGAGUUUACUUGCAAACUCGACUGUUUCCUCUACGCCCCUGAAAAAAUCAGUCUGUCAGUCAGUCAGUCUUCAGUGAAUUCAAAAUGAGCCCCCCCCUUUUUUUAAACAACAACAAAUUUUAUUGAAAAUUGAAAAAUAACUAAUUACAUUACUUUCCCACCCGCAAAUAGCUUAUAGACUAAUCGAGGCAGGGGGAGCUGAAGACGUAUUACAAAACAAGAGUUAUAUAUAGAUGGACUAAAUAACAGUGAAGACACUACUAUACAGUAAAUAGAAUUUAAACUAACAUAAAACAAGGCAAGUACAUAACGAUUAUGAAGAGAGACUAACCUAAAGUAUUAAAUAACUUAAUAAGACGGAAGACUUCGACAUAAUUAUCUUCUGACCGCAAGAAUGUUAGUAAUAAUUCCUUUAUUUUUUUAACGAAAGGACGAGCGUUUAAGUAUUUUAAUCGAAUAAGGAAUAGAGUUCCAAAUUUGGGCACCGAUUCUCGUGAAAAAGGAAUACAUUUUAUCGGUUCUAGAGAACUUAACAUAAAACGAGUCGCUAGAGACAGAUCUUGUUCUGUAGUUAUGAAUCUGACUUGUUUUAACGAACUGAUAGAGUAUACUAACUGGCGAUGUCUGUCUGUUGCUAUCAUACAAUAAAUAGCUACAAUCUCUGAAAAACAGGUUAGGUAGGGGAAGGCAAUUUGAUUUGAGAAAGAAGGGUACGGUGUGUUCCUUAGACUUACUGAAGUAAAUGAGACGUAAGGCCCGUUUUUGACGAGUUAAAAUCUUUUUUUGAAAUGUCAAGGCACAGUUUCCCUUACUACAAAUACCAUAAGUCAAGUAAGGGAUAAUUAAUGAGUUGUAAACUGAAAGUAAAACACGACGCGGGACAUGAUGUCGAAUCUAAGCUAUAAUUCCUAUUGACUUGCUGAUUUUGUGACAGAUAGAUUCGAUGUGGUAUUUCCAUGAAAGAUUUGAAUCAAUCAUUAAGCCAAGAUAUUUUACAUAAUCUUUUAUAUAAUCUUUCUUUUCAAGGUUUGCGUAGGUGUUAGUCACGGAGUCAAGAAUUCUAAUGCUAGGUAUGAAGGGCAUAUUCUUUUGCCGGGGACGAAAGAUUACAAAGUUUGAUUUUUUUAUGUUCAAAGACAGUUUGUUGGUCUUUACCCAUUCGUUGACGUUGCCAAGCUCGCGAUUAACAAGUGUCUCGAGUUCCGUUUAAGUUGUUAUUUGCAAGUAUUAUACUAGUAUCGUCAGCAAAUAGAAAAAAGGCAAAUAACGAAGAGGACUUGUAAAUAUCAUUGAUGUACAGUAGGAAUAAGAGUGGUCCGAGGACUGAGCCUUGUGGCGCGCCGCACAAGGUCGUCUCAGCCUCAGACACAACAUUAAUAUUAACUUCCGUAGUUUGCUUUCGAUCAGUUAGGUAAGAUCUGAACCAGGAGUUGAUUACACCUGUAAUACCAUAAUUUUCAAGUUUAGCUACCAAAAUCUCAUGGUUAACAGUAUCAAAUGCCUUCUUGAGAUCGAUGAAAACACCGCACGAAAAUUUACCGUUGUCCAUAUUUUGGAGAAUUGUGUUAACAAUAUCAAGUAUAGCAUGCUGAAUACUGUGCUUACUGCGAAAACCGUAUUGUUGAUCAUAGAGAAUGUUGCAAUCUUGACAAACCUGGUAACUCUGGAGUACAUAAGUUUUUCAAAAAUCCUGUUAUAAAUCGAGAGCAGAGAAAUAGGUCGGUAGUUUUCGGGCAGAGUGUCAUCUUCGUCCUUAAAUAUCGGGAUAAUCUUAGCACACUUUAGUUUAGAUGGAAAAAUCCCUGAGCAAAUAGACUGAUUAAAGAUCGUGGCUAGAGGUACGGAUAUGACCAUUUUUGCCAAUUUUAGCAGCCUAACUGGAGAUGAGUAGAGACCAUGGGCCUUGUUGUCUUGCAAAAUUUAAAUUUUAAAAUUGAUAUCUUCCGGAAUAAUAGGAUCAAAAAAGAAAGUGCGAUUAAGUGGCGGAUCUAAAUAAUCAAAGAAUGUAUUUAUGGUCUGAGGAAUUUUAGAAGCCAGUUUGCUCCCAAAAGUGGCGAAAUAUUUGUUAAGAAUAUUGCUUAUCAUGUUCCUUCGGGUCACUAGUUGGAACCUCAUUCGGCUUUGAGCGAAUAGUUUGAGCGGGUUUUGCGCUUGUUUUUCCUUUUACAGUUUCCAAUUAGCUCGUUAAUUCCUUUCCAAGUUUGACGCAUACUACGUAUGUUGAGAUCAAAGGAACUUUGGUAGUAGUUCGCUUUACUUAAUCUCGUAAGAGAGAUGAUUUUAUUUCUGUGAAAUUUGUAUUUGUCCCGGUCUGAGGUAUAGAAGAGAUUAUUCUUUACCCUGAUUGAUUUUCUUAAACCUGCAGUCGGCCAUGGUUUAGCAAGGAAUUUUUGUUUACGAUUGGAUAUACUUCUUAAAGGGGCUUGUUUGUUAAUUGUCUUGUUGACGCAUUUGUAAAACGUGAUUGGCAUCGGUAUGUUUGCAAAUAUUAUUCCAAUUAAUAUUCUGCAAGUCGUCAAUGAAAGAUUUUGGAUUGAAAGUAGAGUAGUCACGAACCUUAGUUUUGUUGUUUGGAAAGAAUGUUUUACAGUUCGACGUUAAUAUGCACAUCUGAGAGAAGUGAUCUGUUGUAUCGGACACGAUAUUGCCGCUGACUAUAUUAUUCUCAGGAUUAUUUAUGAAAAUAUUGUCCAUUAAAGUUGCUGAAUUACCAUAAACUCUAGUCGGCUUAUCAACCACUGAAAAAAAACUUUACAUUGUUUGCAGCAUGGUUUGUGUGUAACAGAUCUAUGUUGAGUCUCCCAUGAGAUGAAUAUUUUGAUUUUGACGGCAUUGGCUUUCAAGAAAAUCUGUCAAGUAUUCUAGAAACUCAUUAGCGUUAUUGUGUUGCCUAUAAGUAACACGACAUACAGAUUUCUUAUUGUUAGGCCCUAAAGUCUACUCUACCAGUUUCAUCCGAUCCUCUUGUAUCACUGAGUAGAAACAUUUAACAACAAAUUUACAGACAUUAAAGGGCGAAAAAAUGUCUCCUGCACGUGCCUGUAUGACAAUUAAGUAUGCCGAGCAGGCGUAAACAUGAACAAGCCUAGAAGUACUUAGACUGCAACACAGUCCGUAUUUUUGCGUAUUCAAGUACGCGCGAGCAGUCAAACAAAAGGUCUGGAACGAGACUGAAAACAGGGAGCGAGACUGGAGAGAGAGGCUUUGUCUCUCUCGCCUCAGACGCCCUACGGGCGUGUGAGGCUCGCACGCUUCGCGCGCGUAAGACUCUUACGCCACACUUUACCGAUUUCUUUACUGAUUUUAAGAAAAAAAAAAAAACGACUGUUUUGCAGUCUAAGAAGAACUCUGGUUUACGAAUUUACCUUAGAUCAGUCCACAGGCUGAUUUCUUCAAUUGUUGAAUUUUUCGUUUUGUUAUUCAUUUUUUAUUAUUCAUUUUCAUAUCAAGUAGUAUCAAGAGAGGAUUAAGGGGACAGAGAAGGCAUCCCCAAUACACAUCCUAUUCCAUAGGUAAUUCGUCUCGAGUUAAUUUUAAGACCCCAGAUCCCAAGGGGGAUUUGGACAACAGCCAAUCACAUAGCGCGAAUGUGUUCCGCGUGGAUGACCCACGCUCAGAGCCACCCGUCCUUCACGAAUUGACGCAGCAAAAAAUGGCGGAAGACGCGGAGAGCGAUAUUGCUAUUCGUUUUGUCGACGAAAACGACUAAAGAGAGAUUUCUACUAAAGCGGUGUCAGGAAAAUGGAAAUUAGAAAAGAAUCGCCCUUCCUCUCUUGUAUAGAGCUAACAGUACAGCAGAGAAAUCCUUAACACACUGAAUAUUCUCUCAGGAUCAUUUAUAAUUUACAGUUUGAAGAGAGCAAUUUCUGGUUUUAUAUUUAUUCUUUUAUUAGUCUUUUAUCAUUCAACAAAAAUAACACUUGGCGUCCUACUUGCUUUAAUGUACAAACGACCGGUUUCAAUAGACCGGCGAAAUUUCUCAUUUUAUUAAAGCACUGAGGUUACGACAACUUCGAGUUAAAAUCAUUUCACGGAUUGUCAAAGAGUCCAGCGAUUCCCUUUUCCCAGGUAAGCGCCGACUCAUUUCGCUUCAAUUUUCAGAAAUGCUCUCGAUCUCUUUACGCUUUCAUUGUCUUUGGCCCGACAUAUUGUGCACGGCGUUUAGUCAUGCGAAACCUCCACGAAACAUUCACGCAGCGCGCGAGGUAAUUUUAUUCCGAUUCUAAAAAUAACUCGAGACGAAUAAUAUUACCUAUGGAAUAGGGUGUGUAUGGGGGAUGCCUUCUCUGUCUCCUUUAUCCUCUCUUGGUUUUAUGGAAUUGAUGCCUGCAUAAUAAAUGUAUGAGCUUACAAGGAAAUUUUACCAAUUAUGGCUUUUCAGUGGGGCCCAUUUUCAAUGAAAUCUCUUCUCCAAGAAAGCUCUCUUGCACGAGCCAAACAUGCACGGCCAACAGUCGAGUUUGCAGGUGAACAUUACAAGCCUCAGCGUCCCGGAAGUUAAAAAAAUGCGGCGCGUCUGGUUGACGUAAUCAUCCAGUUGAGUAUCUGUCAUCGUAACACUUUUGCAGAGCUCGGGAAGUACUUUAGGGACGGACCACUAGAAAAGUUAUGCGGUAGGUUUCUAAUGGUCCGUCCCUUAAUUAAAAUCGUGUUAAAACCACUGUGGAGGAAGUCUGUUUAUAAUUGUGUCGAUAAAUGCACUUCUGACUUUCAUGAGGUUCAAUUUUGAAUGAAUUAUCAAAAAUUUUGUUAAGCGGGAAGUCUACCUACGGUUCCCGGUAAAAGGAACUUUUAUAGUGGCGCAACACAAAUGUUUCGAGAGUGGAGUAUGUGCUUACAAACCAUUCACUAUAUCUAUGCGACUAAAGGAGGGUAUAGGGUAUAUAACACGUUUAGCAUUUCGCCAUAUAUCCUUUCUGGUUCAUCUAGGUAGAAGUCCUGGCAUAUAAUUAUGCCUGAGCGCUUCUAGGAUAUAAAAAAUGUUUAGCAUUUCGACCCGUAGCCGAAAAAAAAAAUUAAGCAGUUGUUCUAUAUCCUUUCUGGUUCAUCCAGGUAGAAGUCCUUGCAUGAUAUUAUUAUGCCUGAUUGCUUCUAGGAUAUAUAACACGUUAAGCAUUUCCUAUCACACUUUCAUCCUCGUCGAUAAAACAACAGGUCAUAGUCAAUUUAGAGGCCGCUUUGAAUUGAUACGAUCUCAUUUGCAUUUCUACGAAUUGUAGAGUGGCUGAAUAUUAGCUUGAAGAGUGCUUUGAACUGUAGUACAUGUUUAAUCAACAUAAACGAGAACUGAUCUAAAACCUGAAGGAGAAGUUUGUAUUUCUAAAUUUUUUCACAUCAAUUUAGGGGCCGACCAUUUGACUUAUCAGGGAGAAAAAAGGGGGGAUUAAAAAAAGAAUGCAGACUCUGUAUGUCAGGGAAAAAGAAAAAAAAUCUAUCACCAGAAGUUCGGGGCAACAUAUUCUUACACAAACCAAAUUACCUAUACCCCUCUCCCCCCCACAUGCCACCUCCAAGGUCAGCUGCUGGCUGGCCACAUAGUCAGCACAAAACCAAAAACAAAUAAGUUAAACAAGGAAAAAAAUUAAAAAACGUCAAAUUUUCUUUGAAAUUAGGUUUGCAAAAACUGUAAUUGAAUUCAACUGUUGACCCGGCGGACAUUUUGUGCUGUUGUCAUCUUGGUAAAAAUUUUGCGUUUCGGAUAAGAUACACCGAAAGAGGUUCGUACAGUUUCUAGAUAUUAUAUUUGAAUGGAUUACGUGAAAUAGGAUUGUCUUGUCCUUUCGGGUAUUGUAUCAUUUUUAGUGUAUUUACAGUGUUUCAAAAAUUGUUUAUUUCAAUAUAUAUAUAUUUCUUAUUUCUUGCUUACACAUAUUUUCUAUAGAACCAGCCAAGUUUAGACAAAUUCGAAAAUAGUAUAGGGAAUGUUGCUGGCUAACACCUGCCCAUACAAUGCACUCUCGCUUUAUUAACUUGCUUUAUUACAUCAGUAUAAAAACGUUCACCGGAUUAAUCGAAAUUCGAUAUUUACUUUAGAACAUAGAAUGUUAUGAAAACGGUUGCAGUUUUAUGGAGUUUGUGUCAUUUUCAUGAUAGAGAAUCGGAAAGGAUAUAUUUUAGUAGACAUCAAAUUCCAGAAUAUGUAAAUAUAAGAGGGAGGAUCAGAAUGAUAUGAUAUUGCUAUUAUACUGAAGGCGAAACGGGGUAUAAUAUGUGGUGCGCACUUUCAAAAGUACAUUCACUUAUUAUUCCGCACUUAAAGGGGUCAUAAAAGUGUACAGUUAAAUGGGUAUUAAAGUGAACACUUUACGGAGUCUUAAAGUAAACACUUUAAGGAGUCUUAAAGGGAACACUUUAAGAAGUCCUAAAGUGAACACUUUAAGGAGUCUUAUAAAGAAACCACUUUAAGGGGUCUUACAGUGUUCACUUUAAGAAGUCCUAAAGUGAACACUUUAAGGAGUCUUAAAGUAAACACUUUAAGGAGUCUUAUAAAGAAAACACUUUAAGGGGUCUUACAGUAUUCACUUUAAGAAGUCCUAAAGUGAACACUUUAAGGAGUCUUAAAGUAAACACUUUAAGGAGUCUUAAAGUAAACACUUUAUGGGGUCUUAUACAGUGUUCACUUUAAGAAAGUCUUAAAGUGAACACUUUAGGGAGUCUUAUAAAAGGACCACUUUAAGGAGUCCUAAAGUGAACACUUUGAGGAGUCUUAAAGGGAACACUUUAAGGGGUCUUACAGUGUACACUUUAAGAACUCCUAAAGUGAACACUUUAAGGAGUCUUACAAAGGGACCUCUUUAAGGGAUCUUACAGUGUUCACUUUAAGAAGUCCUAAAGUGAACACUUUGAGGAGUCUCAAAGGGAACACUUUAAGGGGUCUUACAGUGUUCACUUUAAGAAGUCCUAAAGUGAACACUUUAAGGAGUCUUAAAGGGACCAUUUUAAGGAUUAAGUUAUAUAGGACAAUUUUAUAUAAUUUUAAUUGUAAGAUUUAUAUAAGGGACUUUGCCCAGCAUCUUAGAAAGAUCCGUAAAAAGUACGAUAGGAGAUAGAAGCGGGUACUUUGAAACCUAACUCAAGGACUGAGCAGGUAGUUCCGGCCACACAAACGAUCCAAGACAAUGAUUUCAGCAGAACUGAAAGAAGGUCAGUGAGCCGCGGUCCUACACUGUAAACUGAAAAACUGAUGGGCCUACAUUCAGCUGUAGGCCUUAAUAUAUAACUGAAACACAUUAUAUAGCAAUUCUAAUGAAAUAAAAUACUUCGGGACGUUUUUGAAGAUGUUGAAAGCACUGCUCACACCUGACGUUUUAUCACUGCUCAUUACUUAGCUUUUAAACAUGUUUCUAGUUACAAAUAAAAAGACAAACUUUUUAAAGAAAUUGCAGUUGUCGUAAAGUUAUAAAGAGAAAGCGUUUAAUAAGCGAGGUAAAUGUAGGAUUCCUAUAAAGUAUUCGCCAUUCCAAAGCGAAGACGGCUAAGAAGUCGGACAGAAAGAAAACAUGAUUUUAGAAGGAUCAAACUACUAUGCUUUUUUCCCUUGAAUACUUUUUAUGUUCCAUUCUGCUUUGCAGCGUUUGAUUUUUUCGAGGAGUGUGGUUUAAAAUCCUAUUUGAAUUUAAUCAAGGUUGAUUAUGAUUAUGAUGGCGUGCAAUUUGCGUUUGUUUAUUCAUUCCGGCUUCACCAUCGCCGAAGAGAAAGCACAUAUAUGCUUUAAAAUAUUUGAUAUAGAUCAACUCAUUCUUGUACUAACAUUCAGAUUUGGAGAUGUUUUGGUGUAAAACAUUUAGUGGCGUCCGUUUCUUUAUCAGAUAUAAAGACACACUAAACAUUAAUUUCUUUUGUUUUUAAGUUUAUGGAUUAUUGAUGAGUUUUUUUGAAAACAUCAUUGUCACUGCCUUAUGCAAUAUUUGUACUAACUUUAUUUUAGGUAACAUUUAAGAUAGCUUAAAGGGGUAUGCCAUGAAGGUAUUGCAAUAUUGCUGUUUUACGUCAAUUCUGUGCUUACGUCAUCAGGAGAUAACGUCAAACAGUCCCUUUAAAACCAAUACUGGAGGGUCAGGUGGGCCCUGUAUCAAACAAUCAUGAAACUAAGUAGAUGAAAUUAAUAAUAUGAGACCCACUGAUGCACGUAAAUAAGACGAAAUUUGUAAGGAACAGUUCUCUUGGAUAUUAUCACGUACUAUGGAGCAUUAUUACGUUUUAUGUAGCAGGCUUUUUGAUAACAUUGUCAGUGAUCCAAACCAUAAAUUGAAGGCGCUCCUUCCAUCAGAAUAUGACAACUCACGCUAUAACCUAAGACGACAGCGCCUUUUUAAUAUGCCAAAGCUUUGCACGAACAGAACAGUAAUACUUUUAUACAUGCGAUGUCGAAACAGUCCGGGCUGUAGUUUUAUCCCACUUCUAUUCAUGCUUUAUAUUUCAACAUAUUUUAAUAUGAACACGUUAUAUAGAAUUUUUAAUAUUAUCUUAAAAAUCUGUUUUCGACUUAUUAUCUAGGAUUUGUAAUUUUCAAGUAUCUAUCUAUCUAUCUAUCUACUUAUCUAUUGCAUGACCAGUAUUGGGAAAACAAAACAAACAAGCUAAAGAGGUCUAUUAUCGACACUUAUCGACACUUAGGAGUAUUUAUUCACCGUUUUGAUAGAGGUGGACCUUUUAAAUUUGAAUUCACAAUAUAUACAAAAUUGAUUAAUCGUAUUGGAAGAACUAUAGCUUUCAUUUACUUACAUAAUAAUUUGCCUCAGUUUGCUGAUCAAUAUCAGGAUACAAAGUUAUUAGGUAAAGCCCUGCAGGUGGCAGAAAGUACAGUUGUUUGAAACACAACAGUAAAUGGAUUAAGUUCCUGUAGCUGCUCCAGUCUGAUAAAUCCAGAAGUAACGAACAAAACUCGGAGCAACAGUUACUUUUAUUUUGAGCUUCGUUUUCGCUCUGGUUGGAAAUUCCCUUGUUGUAUUAAUUGCUUACAAAACGCCAAGGAGUCAGUGAGCAUGAUCACAGCAGCAAAUGGAUCAAGUUAUUGGAGCUGCUCCAGUUUAAUAACUCCAGAAGCAGUAAAAAUUGGAGUAACAGUUGCUUACAGUUUUAUCCUUUGUGCUUCGUUGGUUGGAAAUUUUCUCAUCGUAUUAAUUGUUUACAAAACACCAACUUUGAGAAAACCGAUAAAUAUGUUGAUCGCAAACAUGGCCAUGUCCGACCUGCUCUUUCCAAUAUUCCUGUUCCCCCUUCGACUUGCAGAGUUUCACGUUGGCUCGUGGAUUAUUGGUGGUGCCCUUGGCCAAGCUUUAUGCAAGCUACACAUCUUUCUUGCGAAUGUUUCUGGGGUAGUCUCCAUUCAGAGCCUGGUUCUGAUAGCAGUGGAUCGAUUUAGAGCUGUUGUAGUUCCACUCCGCUCUCGUCUCAUAACUAGAAAGCUGUGUCCAUUCUUUAUUAUCGCUACGUGGAUCACCGCAAUGGCCGUUUUUUCGCCACUUCUUGUUGCAAAUAAACUUGUUAAAUACCGAGAACGACUGAUGUGCGUACGUCUGUGGAUGGAUUUCUUUGGAGGAAGCACAUUUGCAAAUUACUUCCUAGCAGUUGCAGUCGUGUUUCUCUGUAUCCCCUUUGUCCUCGUGAUGAUACUUUACUCUAUCAUCUUGAUGAAGCUUAAAAUGCAAGCUCAUCCAGGUGAACAGUCAGCCAACGCUGAAGAAAAGCGCGCCAGAAGAAACAGAAAUGUGCUUAAGAUAGCUACAGCCAUCGUUGUAGUGUUUUUCAUUUUCUGGAUACCCUAUUUCAGUAGCGCGGUGAUAGUUAAUUUUAGUGCACCGGGCAGUUCCAUCUCGUUUUCCUGUAGUUUUUAUCUGUUCUACAUUGUCACCAAUUACAUGAUUUACGCAAACUGUGCUAUCAACCCGAUCAUCUGCCUCACUUUUAGCAGUAAUUAUCUCCAAGCACUUAAGAGACUUGUGAAUCGCUGUGAUACAGUGCAAGAUUAA